CGUCCGUGAGAGCGACGGCUGGGAUUAUUUCUCGGCCCUGCAAAGCGGCGUUCUUGUUUGCUCUCGUUGGGUGGAGAAGCUCCCGAUCGCGGCAUUGUCGUCAAUCGAUCCCUUGCUUCCAGCGCUGCCUCAGGGUUUCUUGGCAAGAAGAAAAUGGCCGAGCAGCAGCCCGCGCCAGUGGAAUCCACUCAGGAGCCGAAGCUCAAGUACCUGGGAUUCUUCCAGGCGGCGCUGAUCAAGGUGACCGUGGUCAUCGCCUCGCUCUACGAGUUCGCAAAGGAGAACUCGGGGCCUCUCAAGCCCGGCGUGGACAGCGUCGAGGGCACCGUCAAGACGGUGGUCGCGCCCGUGCUCCACAAGAUCGAAGGGAGGCCAGCGGAGUUACUCAUUCUCGUCGAUAGCAAAGUGGACGAGAUUGUCACGGCCCUCAAGAACUCUCUCCCCCAGUUCGUUAAGGAGCGAUCCCAGCAAGCUUACGACAUUGUCACCCAAGCUCCCGAGGCGGCCAGGAGCGUGGUGGGCGACGUCCAAAAGCGCGGUGUCUACGAGAGCGCUCGCGUAUACAACAAGUAUGAGCCGGUUGCCGAGGAGUGGUCUUACAGCGCUUGGACGGCGGCUCUCAAGCUCCCGGUGGUGCCGCAAGUCGUUCAUCUGACAGCUCCAGUGGCGCUCUUUGGGGUGGAGAAGUUUAACUCGCUCGUCGUGGUGCUCAAGGAGAACAAAGUCCCUCUGGCUGCCUACGUUCCGGAGCUGCCUCUCGAGAAGAUCCAGCGCGCUGUGGAGAUGGAGCCCGUGAAGCAAGCUUAGAGAAACAAGAAGAUGGAGGAAUCGGGUUUGGUAGCAAGCUUCUUUCUCUUUCGUCGCUAGAGGUUCGUCGGAGGUAUAUAUAUAUAUAUAUAUAUGGCUAUGGACUUAUAGUAAUAACUUUGUUCGUGUCAUCCCAUGCCCAAAAUAAACAGCCUCUGAAAGUUCUCCUUU